UCUGGAAAUACAGGAAGAAAAGGGAUGGACUAUACCGCUAUACCCGUUUUUCUUAUCUUCGUGGGAAUUUUCGAUUAAAAGAUAAAUCAGGAGAAAAUGGUCAACUUGGUAUCUCACACAAGGACAGCCAACCUUCCAGAUAAGUAAUAAUCAAUUUCCUUUCAAGCAAUUGUGCUUUUCACAACAUAAGCAACUUUCUUAAUCAGUAGUGAAGUUAACUCCAAGCUUCAAAAUGGUUUACUUCCACUUGUUCCAACCAAAAAUACCCGCUAUAUAUGCUUCACACAUUAAAAUGCAGAAACUAAAUAAUCCACCAUACCCACCCACCCAGAAAGAAAAGAAAUGAAGAACUUCGGUCUUUCUCUUGGCAUUGCUUUCUUACUAUGUUUUUGUAUUUGCACCAAACUGUGCUGUGCGGGAGAUGUGGAUAAUCUUCAUGAUAUAUGUCCAACAGAUACAAAAGAUCAAAAAAUCUUUAUUAAUGGCUUUCUGUGCAAGAAUCCUGCCAACAUAACAGCAUCUGAUUUCAAAUCCUCAUUGCUGAACCAAGGUGGUGACACAGAUAAUUUUUAUCGUUCGUCUAUGAACAUAAUUACUGCGGCAGAGUUUCCAGGACUCAACACCCUUGGAUUAUCAGCUUCCAGGAUUGACCUAGAAGAUGAUGGAAUGGUGGCUCCACAUGUUCAUCCAAGAGCGUCCGAAUUGAUGUUUGUGAGCACUGGGGUGGUUGUAGCAGGAUUUGUAGAUUCCAACAACCAGGUUUUUCAGAAAAUUCUAAAUGAAGGUGAUGUCUUUGUGUUUCCAAGAGGUCUUCUGCACUUCUGUUUCAAUGCUGGUUUAGAGAAUGCCACUAUUUUCUCUGUUCUAAACAGCCAGAAUCCAGGGCUAGUAAGCAUAUUAGGUUCCAUGUCUGCACCCUAUGAUUCCAAGGCCAUGAAAAUGCUAAUGCAGAAAUUAAUUUCACUGUCUUCACUGGAUUUGGGUCGGAUCGAUAUGAAUUUGUUUUACGAAUUAGGCUUAUGAAGAUAACUGAAUUUCACAAUCAGUGUGCAGUAGAGUUUUCUAGCUUAUUUUUGGUCCUGCAUUUUAAUCUGUAACUUACCUUUGAAACUUUAUUAUUGGCUUGUAUCUAUUUUCCUCCUCAA